UGACCGUAUUCUGAAUUUUGAGCGGUUUAAAAUAGAGGCCAUCAAAUUGACGGUAGGAGGAAGAUUAGUUUAACAGUAGAGAUUCAGUUGAUAGAUGAAGGAAAAUCCGUGCUAGCGAUUUUCGAGACGUACGACACCAUGAUAGGGGCCACUCGAUGGACAUUUCUGAUUGGUAGAUGAGCAAGCCACGUGUAAUGUCGAGAGAUUGCUCUACAAUACUCCGGUUAUCGCGGCUCUACCGCACCAUAUCCCCGCCACAACCCCUCCUUUUUCAAUGCUCAUACUCCCGUUAGUCACCCCAGCUACAGACAUGGUCCACGCCCCGUUGCUUUCCUGAGAUAGAGAUCCUCGCUCUCUCUCUCUCUCUCUCUCUCUCUCUCUCUCCAAAAAAAAAAAAAACAAAAACAAAAACAAAUGGAAGAGAUGAUGAUGAAAACCCAUGAAAGCCAUACAAACCCCACCACCAUGACCACCCCAUUACCCAGCUGGAAGCUUUACGGAAACCCUUUCUAUGACUCUGAACACCCACAACAACAACCACAACUACAACGACAACAACAACAACAACAACAACAUUGUACUCAAUCACCUCUCUCCCCUUCUCUUCGAGAUUUUACCUUCUUCCCGCCCAUGUACUCCGACGAGCAGUCUCUCUCUCUUUCCACCCGACGUGUCUCCUCUGAGCUCGAUCGCGCGCGGGCCCAGAUCGAGGAAUUGAAGGCCGGAAUCGAAUACGAACGCAGAAUGCGAAGGAACGCGGAGCUGCUGAACAAGAGAAUGGCGAGAGAGGCUUCGGAGGAGCGGAAAGGCCGGGAAGCGGCGGAGCGCGUGUGCGAGGAGCUUGCGGAGGAGGUCGCGUCGAACAGGGCGGAGAUCGAGCGGAUGAAGAGAGAGAUGGAUGAAGAAAGGAAGAUGCUGAGGAUCGCUGAGGUGUGGAGAGAGGAAAGAGUGCAGAUGAAGCUGGCGGAUGCGAGGGUAUUAUUGGAAGAGAUGAGGGUGAAAGAGAAGGGAGAGGAGGAUAGUUUGGGGAAUAGCGAUUUGACUGUGGGUAGUUUGGGAAAUUCGAGCUGUAGUAAUGGCGAGAAGGUGCGAUCAAGUAAUCAACGGAGGGGAUCGCCCGAAGCAGAGAACCCUCAUAUCAGGAGAGGGAUCAGAGGGUUUGUGGAAUUCCCGAGGGUGGUUCGAGCCGUGGGUUCCAGAGAGAGGCAGUUAGGGUCAAAGCUCGAGUGUCAGAAGGCUCAGCUGCGGAUUCUUAUGAGACAGAGGAAUCCCGUCGGUCUGGGUGGAGACGGACCUGACUCCAUCAAUCUCCUUGUUGGAUGAAUGUUGCAUACUGUUUAUUAUUAUUAUUAUUAUUCUUUUGGGGGAUUGAUCUGCA